CGGAAUGAAACCUUUGUGCAGAUAGGACGUGAAGAUCUGUAAUCUCGCGAGAAGACAGAAGUCUUCAAAUCUCGUUUUCGGUUUUCACGAGGAAGUUUUUCCACGUAUGAAUCAAACGUGUUUUAUAGCCACAACCCGACACUUGUAUACACGUAUAAGUAGCUGUGGUUUUUGCCUUUUGCACGUUGAGUUGGUUUGGUCCACAGUUGAGCGACCAUGGCGUCUUCGUUUGAACAGCCGUGUGACGAAGGCUCCAGUCAGCCCGCAGCGGAAGCCGAGUGGAGGCUGAGCCAUGUUCGCGGGGACCUGUUCUCCUGUCCCCGGGAUGAGGCUCUGGCUCACUGCAUCAGCGAGGACUGUCGAAUGGGAGCAGGCGUGGCCGUGGUCUUCAAGAACAAGUUCAGAGGGGUGGAGGAGUUGAAGCAGCAAAAGAAGUUGACGGGGCAGUGCGCUGUGCUGAGCAGAGGUGGGCGAUUCAUCUAUUAUCUGGUCACAAAGAAGCGCUACAACCAAAAGCCAACCUACGAGAGUCUGCGAGGGAGUUUGGAGGACAUGAAGUCACACUGUGUGACAAAUGGAGUGACCCGAAUAUCCAUGCCCCGCAUUGGCUGUGGACUAGAUCGAUUGAAGUGGGAAGCGGUCGAGGAAAUACUAGAAGAGAUUUUCCGAAACACUGAUAUCAGCAUCACAGUCUACAGUCUUCCAGUGAAAUCGGAAACCAUGGCGAUGAAGGACAACAAAUGAUCACACACAAAUGCUUUCUUUGAACUGGCUCUGUGGCCUUUGCACUCCGACACUAUUCAGUCUGCUGUUGACUAGUUCUCUGAAAUAAAAGUGUUUUCCAAUUUCUCUUUUUGCGCAUUACAUAGAUGAUAACCCAAGCUUUCUGAAAUGUCAUUUUUAGACUCAAUUGCCAUUUGACUUUGACAAGGCAGGAAGGGAUUCCAUCCACACUCUGGCUGUAUUGUUUAUUGAACAAACAUGGUAUUUGCAUUUCUUUGUGGGCAUUGCAUUAGGCCUCAGUUCUCAUUGUGGCUGUUGCAGAUGGCUGAGGUAUGAUCCAUUAUUGAUCUCCGGGCUAUUUCAUGAUAAUGGAUGCUGGGACAAACUAAACCCAGCAGCUGUGAGGAAAAGGAGCCCUGGUAAAUUUGACACCACAAAUGGAUUCUCUGAAUCACUUGGAAAAAGCGAUGGAAGUCUGUUUAAAUUUCUCAUAAAGGCUGUCUCAGAUUUUUUUGAUUUUUUUUUGCAUGACCCACCUACUUCUCUCUCGGGGAAGCUUCAAUAAUUCAUGAGGGAGAGGCUUGUACUCUCCAGCUGCCAGCCCAUCCUGCUUGGGCAGCUCCAGCACUGUAUUUCGGCAUGACUGCAACCAACCCUUGCUUCCCCUCCCCCUGCUUGUCUGGCAAUUACGCUCGACUCUGCAGCAGAGCUACAUGGGUUCGCUGCAGUUAGCGCAUUGGAAAUCUCCCUCCGUGUGUCCCGCUGUCGCGCCGCGGC